CGAAAUCAUGAAGAAACCAUAUCUCGAGGAUAGUCUUCUACCCAGGUCGCGUUUACCAAUGCUCGGUGCACCGAUCAGGAAUAUUACAGAACAGAUGGCGAUUAACAUAUGAAAAAGAAAAAAGAAGAAAAAAAAAAAAAGAAAGAUAAAAAGAAAACACAUAACCAUUUGGACAUUUUCCUUUGAAUUUCAAGAUUUCUAACUUCAAAUAAAAUAUCCUUAAAUAAUAAUUAAAUAAUAGUCAAUUAAUUAAAAUGAGCGGUACUCGAUUAUUCGACGAGCAUAUAAAAAGAUGCGUGAAGAAAGCUACCACGGAUAUUAGAAUGACAUUGCAAAAGCUUCAAAGCGAAUUGUCGAUAUGUAACAAACACGCCUUCAAAAUGAUGAAAUCGGAUAAAGAAAAGGAAUCGAUGUUGAAGGGAUUUAUAGAAUCGGCCAAACAAAUAGGGAAAGAUGCUAGACAGGUUAUACACAUCUGUACAAGCGAGGAACAAGUGGCAUUCUUUAAGUGUUUGAAAGAUACCCUUCAGAAGAUGAAGUCACAAAGGGUGGAGGAUAUGAAGAACAGAAAGAAUCCGAUAAUUUCUGAAGUCGAGAUAGAUCAGGUCAUCCAGUGUUACACCAACAGUUUCACGGUGGCUCAAAUGAGACUGUCAGAGGCGGAGGAGCGCUUUCAGGAAUGUGUUAAAGAGGCAAAGAGAUAGAUCGUCCUGCCGUUCGUUACUGCCUUCCACCUCUACUUUGCAAGUCAGACGAACGUAUAUAUAUAUAUAUAUAUGUAUAUAUAUAUAUAUGUAUGUAUGUAUG